UAGGUAUUGGGAAGGCUACAUCCUGAAUGUGAAUUUAUUUUUCAACUGGAAAAAGAUCAACAGAAAUGUCUAAAAGAAAUUUCAGAAAAUGAAAAUCACACAACUGGAGACUGCAAGCAAAAUUGGGAUGCAGUGGUGUGCUGGCCUCUUGCUGUUUUUGGCGAGACAGUCAGUGUCUCCUGCCCUCCAGUUUUCUCCCACUUCAUGAAAAAUCCAGGUACAGUAAGCAGAAAUUGUACCAUUAACGGCUGGUCCAACCCAUUCCCUCCAUAUUAUCUUGCCUGUACUGUUGAAGAUGAGAUACCUGUAGAGGAAGAGUCCUACUUUGCGACUGUGAAAGUGAUUUACACAGUUGGAUAUGGAGCAUCUAUCUUUUCUCUUACAAUUGCCACAAUUAUUUUACUUAACUUUAGGAGCCUUCACUGUGCUAGAAACUAUGUCCACGUCCAGCUCUUCACAUCAUUCAUCCUGAGGGCUGCGGCAGUUUUUAUUAAGGAUGCCACCCUGUUUGCAAACGAUGAAACUGACCAUUGCACCUUUUCUACAGCUGGGUGCAAGGCAGCAGUAGUUUUCUGUCAUUACUGUGUAAUGACUAAUUUCUUCUGGCUGUUGGUGGAAGCCCUGUACCUCAACUCACUUUUGUUCUCAUUCAUUCAUCCCGGAAGAAAUUACUUUGGGUGGUUUGUUAUGUUGGGCUGGGGAGUUCCAACCAUCUUUAUCAUUGUUUGGAUUAUUUCCAGGGUGUAUUUUGAAGACACAGAAUGCUGGGAUAUAAAUGAGAAUUCUCCAUUCUGGUGGAUAAUAAAGGGGCCUAUUGUUGUAUCUAUUGGGGUCAAUUUUAUACUUUUUAUAAACAUCGUACGACUCUUGAUUCAGAAGCUUGAUCCCCGGUUAAUUCAGUUCAACAACUCAUCUCAGUACAGGCGUUUAAUGAAGUCAACUCUGCUUCUCGUUCCAUUGUUUGGCACCCACUACAUAGUGUUUAACUUUCUCCCAGAUUAUAUAAAUAUAGGGAUGAGGCUGUACAUAGAACUCUGCCUGGGAUCAUUUCAGGGUCUCACAGUUGCUGUCUUCUACUGUUUUCUCAAUCAAGAAGUACAGACUGAGAUCCAACGAAAGUGGAUGCGAUGGUAUACAACCCCUAUGGUCAUGUAA